AUGGACAUUGAUGUCCGGCCCAGGAAGAAACGACGCUUCUUCGUCGACGAUCCUGAAGACGUCGCCGACCCUCAAGUAUCGACAUCUUCUGUGACUGCGACCAGCAGACCAGCCUCCGCCACCUCGUCUACAAGAGAACAAAGGUCCAGCCAGACGGAAGUGCAUGAUAUUCAACCGUUACCCUCUCCAGCCUUCGAUGCGGAUACCUUUCGAACCGUUAUCGGUGAAGAUGUCGGUCAAGAUGUCGUGAACCAAAUCCAGGCCGCGGCGCACGGGGAUAUUGAACGGGCCAUCAAUAUAUACUUUGAUGGGUCCUGGAAAAAGUCUGCCAGUGCUGCGUCGUCUGCACAACGACCACCGCCUUCAAAGGGUGUAGAUAAAUGGCUCGCCACCUCCGAGGGGAGCAGCAGUGCGUCCAUUGCUCCUGAACAGCGGAAUGAUGCAGGCACGGUUCCAACGAGGGCGCGGGUGCAUUCGAUGCCAAACGAACGCUAUGUCGGCUCAUUCGGCGUCGCGGCCUGGAUGACCAAAAGCGGUGCCAAUCUACUGGCUCACGGCGAGGCCGUCCGGAUAGAAAGAUCAAAGAUUGCCCCGAGAACCAAACUUGGGAGAGGUGGGAAGCUCGUGCCAAUAGUCGGACGGAACCAGAAGGCCGAUGUGAUAACGCGGUUUACAAAUUCCAGAGGCGAGGAACUAGGUCGCCUCCCUGAAGAAACAGCAGCCUGGGUGUCGUCGUUGGUGGACCAGAAGAUUUGCCGUUUCGAGGGCACUUGCGUGUACGCACCUGACCGCGUCCGGGUGAACGACACGGUAUACCUACAAGUCCGUGCCUAUUUCCUCAAGACGGCCUUUGAAGCCAGUGCUUUCGUAAAAUCAAAGGACGAUAAUAGAGCUACUGGAUUCUUCGAGGAGAAGGAGAACAGCGAAGAAAAAGAUCUUCGUCUUCGACAGGUUGCUCUCAUCAAACUCUUUGAAGAAGUCAACCUCAAUCCCACUUCGACAAACGAAACCACGGCCAAACACAAGAAACAAGGCUUGCUGAGGGCGGCAGAGAUGGCCGAACAGUACGACAAGGAAAAGGAUUCGAAAGGAAAGUCGGGCGUGUCCACUCCGAAUUCCGAAGAGGAGGAAGAAGGAGAGGAACUGGAGGAAGAUCAGUUAGAUGCAUUGUACCAAAAAGCACGAUCUUUCGACUUCGAUACUCCGGAAGCCGAACCUGUGUCAACGUUUGCCCUUGACUUGCGGAAGUACCAGAAACAGGCACUGCAUUGGAUGCUUGCAAAGGAGAGAGAUGAAACGUCCAGCAAACAGCAGUCUAUGCAUCCUCUCUGGGAAGAGUAUGUCUGGCCCACCAAGGAUGCAAAUGAUGUAUCUCUCCCCACUGUGGAAGGUCAAGACAAGUUUUACGUCAACCUCUAUUCCGGAGAGAUCGGCCUUGAAUUUCCAGUGCAGGAACAGAAUUGUCUUGGUGGCAUCUUGGCCGAUGAAAUGGGGUUGGGAAAGACAAUCGAGAUCUACAGUCUCAUCCAUUCCAAUCGCUCAGAUAUUGAUCUUCAAGCGGCAGGCAAGCCUGUCGCAUCCGUCAAUCACCUACCUCGUUUGCCACAGUCCUCGACGUCCGUUGAGCCAGCACCAUGCACAACGUUGGUAGUGGCUCCCAUGUCAUUGCUUGCCCAGUGGGAGAGUGAGGCGGUCAAGUGCUCCAACCCCGGGACUCUUCGAACCAUGGUUUACUAUGGCAGUGAGAAGACGGCAAAUUUGCAAGUUCUGUGCUCUGCCGCAAAUGCCGCCUCGGCUCCGAAUGUCAUCAUCACGAGUUAUGGCACGGUUCUAUCGGAGUUUGGACAGGUCACGGCCGCAGGAGGGGAUCGUGGAUCCAACGGCGGACUUUUCUCCGUGGAGUUUCACCGGGUGAUACUUGACGAAGCCCAUACGAUCAAAAACCGACAAGCCAAAACAUCAAAGGCAUGUUACGAACUCAAAGCCAAACACCGAUGGGUCUUGACGGGGACACCCAUCGUCAAUCGAUUGGAAGACUUGUUCAGCCUGGUCCGCUUCCUCAAGGUCGAACCUUGGAGCAAUUUCUCCUACUGGAAGACUUUCAUUACAGUGCCUUUCGAAUCCAAGGAAAUAGCGCGGGCACUGAAUGUCGUACAAACGGUGUUGGAACCACUGGUUCUUCGGCGCACGAAAGAUAUGAAGACUCCAGAGGGCGAAGCGCUCGUCCCACUACCUCCCAAAUCUAUAGUCGUAGAGGAAGUUGAGCUUUCGAAAACCGAACGGGAGGUAUACGACCUGAUUUUCACUCGAGCCAAACGAGCCUUCAACGAAUCCGUCCAAGCAGGGACAUUGUUGAAGUCGUAUACUACGAUUUUUGCCCAGAUUUUACGGCUCCGGCAAUCAUGCUGCCACCCAGUUCUGACCCGCAACAAAGACCUGGUAGCAGACGAAGAAGAUGCCGCGGUUGCAGCUGCAGCCGACGCCAACGGGUUCGCCGAUGACAUGGACCUCCAAGACCUCAUCGACCGUUUCACCCAAGACACCAACCUGGCCGGGAAAGACCAGGCGGCAGAGAAAGACCCGAUCACGACAUUCACCACGCAUGCGCUUCGUCAAAUCCAGGAUGAGUCUGGGGGCGAGUGUCCUUUGUGCUACGAAGAGCCGAUGCUGAACCCUGCCGUUACCACCUGCUGGCACAGUGCAUGCAAAGAUUGUCUGGAAAGGCUCAUUUCACAUCAGACGGACAAGGGCGAGGUCCCUCGCUGCUUCUCGUGCCGCGAGACCAUCAACCCUAGAGACGUGUUCGAAGUGGUCAAACAUAACAGUCCAUCCGCCUCGUUCGACACCGAGGGAGACAUGUACUCGGCCGAUGGAGCGGCUUCCAAACCUCCCAAAAUUUCUCUUCGGCGGAUUCACCCUUACUCUCCAACAGCUUCUACCUCGGCAAAGAUCGCGGCAUUGCUGAAGCACCUCUCUGCACUGCCGAGGGGGGCCAAGUCGGUGGUAUUUUCCCAGUUCACCGCUUUCCUGGACCUGAUCGCGCCGCAGCUCUCGAAACACGGGUUUCAGCAUCUUCGCUUUGACGGGACCAUGUCCCAAAAGGUUCGUGCCCAGGUCAUCCGAGCAUUCAACGCAGACAAUGCGUCAGACCCUAAGGCGCCUCGCAUCCUACUCUUGUCGCUCCGUGCCGGCGGCGUAGGCUUGAACUUGACAGCGGCCAACCAUUGCUACAUGAUGGAUCCGUGGUGGAGUUUUGCCGUCGAGGCACAAGCCAUUGACCGGGUACAUAGAAUGGGACAGACGCAGGAUGUUGAAGUCGUUCGCUUCGUCACCAAGGACAGCAUUGAAGGAAGGAUGCUCCGCGUGCAGGAGAGGAAAAUGGCCGUGGCUGGCUCCCUUGGUGUAGGCCAAUCCGGCGCCGGCGGCACCGAAGAGGAGAGAAGGAAGCGUCGUGUCGAGGAACUGGAAAUGUUGCUGGGCUAA